AUGUCAUCUCACGCCAAGUCCUCCACCUUACCUUCCUGUUUCCGUCCAUACGCCAAACACCGUUCAACGACGUCGGAGUUACCAUCUUUGCCGGCGACAGAUUCCGGUAGCCCAAAUCUCACAACUUCCGUCUAUAAAACCUCAAAUGGCCUCUUCGCCCUCACUUGGUUCCGUAACGUCCUCGGCCGUUCCUUACAUCUCCACGUCCUUCUCGACGCCGUCGACGGCGUCGGCGGCGGUGGCGAUCUGUCGUCCACACCAUCUUUCUCCCUAAACCUGAAACCACUAAUUUUCUGGAACAGAACUGGGUUCAGAAAGUUGAAUCUACCCAAUAACAAAUCGAAAUGUAUUCACAUCUUUUGGGAUUUCUCUCGUGCGAAAUUUGCUUCACAGGCGGAACCAGUAUCUGGGUAUUACGUCGCCGCCGUAAUAGACGGAUCAAUCGCUUUUCUCGCCGGUGAUUCCCCGGCGGAAGCAUAUUCGAAAACAAAAUCAAUCAAAUCCAGUAAGACUCAGUCGUUUAUCCUCAGAAGAGAACAUGUUUAUGGCAACAAAGUGUACACUACAAAAGCUCAAUUCGGAGGCAGAACACGAGAAAUCACCAUAGAUUGUAGAACUGGAGAUGAUUCGAGAUUGUAUUUUAGUGUUGAUCGGAAAAGGGUUCUGCAAAUAAAGCAUUUGAAAUGGAAGUUCAGGGGAAACGAUAGAAUUGAAAUCGAUGGUAUUAAUGUUCAGAUCUCAUGGGAUGUUUACAAUUGGUUGUUUGAUGAUGAGAAUGAAGAUGGGUAUGCUUUAUUCAUGUUUAGAUUUGAAAAAAAUGGAUUUGAGGAAAUUGAAGAAGAAGACAAGAACAAGAGUAGCUUGUUCUGGUCACAGCAAUCCUGUGGAUUUGGAUUUGAGAAGAUGAAGAUGAGAAAGGGUUUAUUGAGAUCGUCGGCGGCGGCGAGGAGUUCGUCGUCUUCUUCAUUGUCAUCGGCGUCUUCAAGUUGCAGUUCGGUGAUGGAAUGGGCAAGUAUGGAAGAAAACGAGCUUAAAGGACCUUCUUCUGGUUUCUCCCUUCUUGUUUAUGCCUGGAAAAGUUGA